AAAGGCCAACUCAGAUUUUUCAUUUCCUUUGCAAUCAAAUUUUCCAUCCCAACCCACACCGGGUUUUCUUGGCAUUUGUGUUCCUAUUACAGAUCUUUACAUACGAGCCGUCCAAAAAAUAAACACCAGAUUAUUUCUGAUUGAUUUUCCGAUACUAUUUUUUUCUUUUUCCGGAAUUUUUGAUUGAUUCUUCCUUUCCUCAUUUCGUUGAGUCCCUAUCUUUCUUGUGGGUUCCACUUGGUUUUGAUUUUGCUUAUUGCCCGAAAGAGUAUAAUAAAUAACUUAUUAACAAAAACAAAAAAAUAGAGAGAGAGAGAGUAUAAACAAAUAAAUUCAAAGAUUUUGGAUCGUCAUAUUCACCGUCAUCGUCUGAAUAAAUUCUCCUCUUUUGCCUUCUGUUUCCCAUUCUGCAACUUUUUCUUCUUCUUCUUCGUAACAACUGAUUUGCUUUGGCUUUAGUGCUUCUUCUCUUCGGUGAAUCUUUCAUUCACAAAUAGUUCUUGUUAUUGGCAAUAAUAAAAAGGAAAUGGCUAUAAAGACAAACGGGUUCGUUAAAGGGCGUCUUCCAGAGGAAUUGAAGAAGUUGAUUAAAUCUGUGGCUUCUGAGUAUGGAGAUGUGAUUGAUCUAGAACAUUUGGAGAUUGUCCCUUUGAAGGGAGCUAUGACUAAUGAGGUUUACCAGAUCACUUGGCCAACAAAGGACGACGAUUUCCCGCGAAAAGUAUUGGUUCGUGUUUAUGGUGAAGGGGUUGAGGUUUUCUUCAACAGGGAAGAUGAAAUCCGCACGUUUGAGACAAUCUCCAAACACGGUCAGGGACCGCGGCUUCUCGGCCGGUUCGGAGCUGGAAGGAUUGAGGAGUUCAUUCAUGCCAGGACACUUUCAGCUGCCGACCUUUGUGAUCCUGAAAUAUCUGCUCUUAUAGCAGCUAAGUUGAGAGAGUUUCACACUCUUGACAUGCCUUUCUCAAAGAAUGCGCACCUCUGGAACACAUUGAGGAAAUGGCUUGCUGUAUCCAAGACUUUAUGCUCACCGAAAGACGCUAAAGAAUUUAGCUUGGAUACUCUAGAGGGGGGGGAAAUUAAUAUGCUAGAGAAAGAGCUACCGCACGAAUCUCAAGAAAUUGGAUUUUGUCACAAUGACCUGCAGUACGGUAACAUAAUGAUGGAUGAAGAAACAAGAUCAAUCACUAUUAUUGAUUAUGAAUAUGCCUGUUACAAUCCUGUUGCUUAUGACAUUGCAAAUCAUUUCUGUGAAAUGGUAGCAGAUUACCAUUCAGAGACACCUCAUGUUCUGGACUAUAGCAAAUAUCCAGACCUGGAGGAGCGCCAGAGAUUUGUCAGGAUAUAUCUUAGCUCUGCAGGCAAAGAACCCAGUGAUGCUGAAGUGGAGCAGCUACUUCAUGAUGUGGAGAAGUACACUUUGGCAAACCAUCUGUUCUGGGGCUUGUGGGGACUCAUUUCAGGAUAUGUGAACAAAAUUGACUUUGACUACUUGGAAUAUGCAAGGCAGAGGUUUGAGCAGUACAAGUUGAGAAAGCAAGAAUUGUUGGGCCAUUCAGCAGAGCAGGAAGAGGUUUCCCCUUGAUAUAGAGAUGAUAGAGAUAAAUACUAGCUAGUUAAAAGGAUUUGCAAGUUAUUUUGAUAAAUUUCACGUAAACUUUAGCCAUUUCAAUGGUGGUAAAUAGCAUAGUAUUUGGAUUUACGAGGCUUGUAAAUAAAACCCAUUUGUUUUUUUUUGGGUGUUGACUGUAAAUUUCAUUUGGUUAAGAUGUUGGUAGUAGUGAUUUAACAUGAUCCAGUAAAAGUUGUCUACUCUUGAAAUCUGAUAUCACGUUGAUUCGGAAAAA